AUUUAGCCAUUUUCCAAAAUGGCCGGAUCGCUACAUAUUGAUUAUGAGCAUGGCCAUUGUUCUUGUUAUUUUUAAAUGCCCCUAAGAGCAGGACCCACAACCCAAUUAAAAUAUUAAUUAUUAAAAUAUUUAAGAUAACUACUUAAUUUCUACCAAUCAGCUUAUGAAUGACAUCCACACCUAGUACUAGUUAUACAAGCAACCCUAUGCCACAGAUGAUGGCAGAGCGGUCAACAGCUGCCCAAUUUUUCGGCGAAGUAGAAGAAUCAGAGAAACCUCCAGAACCACCUUCAUCAACUUAUGACAUAGUUGUGGAACUUCUUAACAAUGCAGCUGUUAUGCCAAAGGGUGCUGAUAAAAUAGUGAACUUAAAAAAGGUACAAGAGCUAAUAGUUCACAAAUCUCCUGAUCUUCUAGACAACUUCCUUGAUGAAAUGUUGGCUUAUCAGUCUGACUCAUCAAAAGAUGUCAAAAAGUUUAUUGUUGGGUUUAUGGAAGAAGCUUGCAAAAAAGAUUAUGAAUGCCUACCAAAAGUAAUGGCUAGCAUGUUGAUGCUUCUUGGAGAUGAUGAUGUAAAUGUACAGAAAAAAGUUAUACUGACAGUGAGCAGUAUGUUCAAACUCGCAUUAGCUUGGAUAAGUAAAGCCAAGAAAACUAAGCCAGAGAUGAAAGCAGUGUGGCAGAAUCUCAUGGAACUCAAAACUUUGUUGUUUGAUUCCUUGGAAUCUGCUAAUGAUGGAAUAAGAACUCAUGUUGUUAAAUUCCUGGAAGGGCUUACCCUUGCCUUGUCUAAAAAAACUGUGGACUCUGAAACGCCAAAAAAGAAUGAAGGGGAUAUGUCGUUAGAUCAGGUGCCAGACAAUAAUGAAAUAUUGAAGGUUGAUAGUCUGGAAGAAGAAGGUGUCAAAGCUUUUACCAACCUAUUACAGUUUCAGGGUUCUCCUCAUAUCUCAAGUAUAAACCUUAUGACAGUAAUGAAUGCACUUUCUAAUAUUGCUAAACAGAGGCCCAACUUUUUUGACCAAGUGGUACAGAGUUUUGAAGCCUUGCAUGUAAAUUUGCCACCUACACUUGCCAAAUCCCAAGUUAGCAGUGUCAGGAAGAAUUUAAAGAUACAGAUGUUGAGUUUAUUAAAGCAUCCAGUUUCUGUUGACUUUAUUCCACAAAUAUCUACACUGCUAACAGAUUUGGGAGCAACUCAGUCUGAGAUUAUGAAGAAUAUACCUAAAGAUAUCGAAAGUCGCAAAAGAAAAGCCCAACAAGAAAUCAGUAUUAAUUCAGCAAGCAAGAAAUCUAAAAUAAUUGAGGUUGAGAUUGAUGAUGAUGAUAUGACGCCGUGGAUUGAUCGGACUGCAAAGAAAAGCAAGCCAGAUAUUACCCAAAAACAAACAGCUAUAGAUGUCACCGCUGAAGACAUUUUGCCUCGACUUACACCACAAAAUGUGGCAGAUUUAGUGCUCCUGAGCAUGGUGAUGCUUCCUGACUCCAUGCCAGCCCAGUUUCAAUCAACUUAUACACCAAUAGCUGCCGCAGGUACACAGGCCCAAAUAAGUCAUAUUGCUAGGCUGAUGGCCACACAGCUGACCAUGGCAGGCAUGGGCAAAGGGUUGGGUGAAUUGAAAAUGCAGGCUUUGAAGGAUUCUGAGGCUGCAGUAAAGAAUAAUGAUGAACAGCCCUCAUCUCCCAAACAGCUGAUCCAGACUGUAGUAGGCCUUAAAACAGAGGAACUAGACCAGGCAGCUAAAAAACCUAAAAUCAAUCAACUUCCACUUCCACCGACAGUGAAAAAAAUCAAACAAUUUCAACUCUCAAACAUUACCAAAAAAUUAAAUGAAAGUACAGUCCAGGCUUUGACAAAACGAGCAAUAGACCGCAUACUUCAGGCAGAGAAGGCAGCUUCAACAAGCCAUGUAGACCAUCACAGAACCAAAAUCCUUGCUGUGCUUUCAACAUUGCUGGGGGAUGACAUCAAAACCAAAUUACAGGAAUAUAUUUUUAAUGAUCUUCGAACACGCCAAGAUUUAGCAUUUGCCUGGCUUUAUCAGGAGUAUGCCCAUAGUCAAGGCUAUAGUUCAAAUGAGAAGAGUAAUAAACCCACAGGACUCAUGGCCUAUGAUUCUUGUUUGACUAAACUGUUAGUUGGUCUGCUGGAAUUGGAUGAUCACCAUGGUGACAGCUUGUUUCAUCGUAUUUUAAUGGAGGCACCCGUCUUAACUGAAAGUGCAAUCAGUGUUGUCAAGAGAUACUAUGCCAUACCAAAACACACAGAGGCAGGCAUGAAGACAUUGUCCCAGCUUAUUACACACAGACCAGCACACAGGGUCAAGUUUCUGGACAUUGUUUUAGACUACACAGGAAGUGACAAACUUGAGGUGAGAAACAUUGCCAUCAAAUCAGCCCAGAAGCUGCAUGCUAGUGGCAAAAUGCAAGUAGAGAUAGAGAAAUAUGCUAACCUUCAACUCAAGAAACUGUUGCAGCCCAAACCUCCCACCACACCUACCACUGGAUUGAGUCUAGAAGAUGCUAGUGAAACCUGGACAGAGGAGCUUAUCAAGGGUCACUUGUAUCUUCAUCUAGGCCUUUUGCCCUCCAACCACAAGCUUAUCCAUGAGUUAGCUAACAUUUACACAGCCACAAGUGCAGACAUUAAGAGAACCAUCCUGCGAGUCUUGGAGGUGCCUGUGAAAGGGAUGGGUAUGGAUUCUCCAGAGCUGCUGACACUGGUAGAGAAUUGUCCAAAGGGUUCUGAAACACUUGUAAUGAGAGUCAUUCACAUUCUGACUGACAAAGCUGUCCCUUCACCGGAACUUGUCGACAGAAUUCGUGAUCUUUACCACAAGCGAGUACCAGAUGUCAGGUUUCUAAUUCCUGUGCUGAAUGGUCUCUCAAAGAGUGAAGUUAUGGAAGCACUACCUAAACUGAUCAAGUUGAAUCCAAUGGUUGUGAAAGAGGUGUUUAACCGACUCAUGGGAAGCCAUGUGAGCAAUGAUUCAGUCUAUCACUCUCCCUUGACGCCAGUGGAACUACUUGUAGCACUACAUAACAUAGAUCCUUCUAAAUGUGAUAUCAAGACAACUAUCAAAGCCGCAAACCUUUGCUUCAGUGAGAGAAACAUCUACACCCAGGAGGUUUUGGCUAUUGUCAUGCAGCACUUGAUGGAGCAGGACCCCCUGCCUACACUCCUAAUGAGGACUGUCAUCCAGUCUCUCUCCAUGUACCCUCGGCUCAUUGGAUUUGUUCUCAACAUACUUCAGAGACUCAUUGUUAAGAAGGUGUGGAAGCAGAAGAAAGUCUGGGAGGGAUUUAUUCGAUGCUGCCAGAGGGCCAAGCCCCAGUCCUUCCAGGUGCUGCUCAAGUUACCUGCCACCCAACUCAAGGAUGUUUUUGAAGUGUGUCCUGACCUAAGGGAGCCCCUGCUGGCAUAUGUACAAGGCCUUACAGAGAAUCAGAAAUCCCACAUCAACAAGUCUGUCAUGGCUGUACUGGAGGAGGGGGGAGACAGUGCUGCUGCACUCACUGAUCCUGGGGACAAGGGGGACAAGGUGAACAAUGGAAAAGAUGGGGACAUGGGAGAAGAUGUUCACAAGAUAGAGAGCAUGUCCAAUCUGACACCCAUCAAAACAGUGGAGAAUUCUCCUCACAGCUCUGACUUUGGCAAAGAAAAAGUGAGCGCAAUCAAAAUUUCCCUACACAGCUCAGUAAAAUCAGAUGAAACCUCAAAUAGAGAACAAAAUAGGGAACCACGAAAUGGCGAGAAAAGUGAGAAGGAUACUGAAGAGAUUACUUCUAAGAAAAGUUCUAAGAGUUCUAAAAGAGAUGAUUCAGAUGAAGAGUCAAAAAGCAGGUCAUCGUCCUCAAGAAGUAAACAAUCAUCAUCAUCAUCAUCCCGUCGUUCCUCCUCCAGCAGCAGCAAGAAAAAGUGAUGUGUUGUCACAAUCAUCAAACACCUGGGCUGUGGUCCUGGGACUCUGGACUAGCCCCCCCUCCCAUCAAACACCUGGGCUGUGGUCCUGGGACUCUGGACUAGUCCCCCCUCCCAUCAAACACCUGGGACUCUGGACUAGUCCCCCCUCCCAUCAAACACCUGGGACUCUGGACUAGUCCCCCCUCCCAUCAAACACCUGGGACUCUGGACUAGUCCCCCCUCCCAUCAAACACCUGGGACUCUGGACUAGUCCCCCCUCCCAUCAAACACCUGGGACUCUGGACUAGUCCCCCCUCCCAUCAAACACCUGGGACUCUGGACUAGUCCCCCCCUCCCAUCAAACACCUGGGACUCUGGACUAGUCCCCCCUCCCAUCAAACACCUGGGACUCUGGACUAGUCCCCCCCCUCCCACCAAACACCUGGGACUCUGGACUAGUCCAUGUCCCAUCCAACCCCACAUGACAAGUAUUUCUGGCCAGUGUCAGCUUCUCUACAAUAGAGCAAAUACUUUUCCACCAGCUGCGCCUGUGUAUUGUAUUAUUGUUGCCUUACGUCUGACCAUUGGGUGCUUGGUAAAGUUGAAUAAGUACCGUUGUUCUAUUCUGUCUGACCAUUGGAUGUUAUAAAAUUAUGUGAAUACCAUUGUUCUAUCAUGACUGGUGUAUUAAAUUGUGUAAAUACCAUCCUGCCUGUAUCAUAACUUAGCUUUGGUCUAUUGUGUAAAUAUUGUUGUUCUCUCUUGUUACUAACUGGACUGUUUACAUUGCUCACCUUUUUCUUUCUUUCCAUCAACUUUAUUUAAUGACCAAGUGGUAUAGAUAGAUUUCUUCCAUUGUGUUAAGAUUUGUUACAUUAUGUCAGAUUUGUUACAUUUUGUCAGAUUUGUUACAUUAUGUCAGAUUUGUUACAUUAUGUCAGAUUUGUUACAUUAUGUCAGAUUUGAUACAUUAUUUCAGAUUUGUUACAUAUUGUCAUAUGUGUGACAUUAUGUCAGAUUUGAUACAUUAUGUCAGAUGAGUUACAUUAUAUCAGAUUUAUUACAUAGAAUGAAAAAGAUCAUACAAAACUGGAUGAUUGAUUUCCACAUGAAGUAAUGUGAAAAAUAUUUGGUUCUCAUUUUUGGUUACAAAAUUAUAUCUUGCUUAAAUGUUGACUCAUUUUAUUUUUAGAACUAAACUAAUUUUAAUUAUUAGAAUAUAUAAAUUAGAUUGUCAAUUAAUUUGUUGUAAAAUUAAAAUGGUCAAUGUUUUGAAAC